UUUUUCUUCUUCUUCUUCUUCUUCUUCUUCUUCUUCUUCUUCUUCUUCAAAUGUUGCAGAUUGCCGCGAUAAAACGCACGACAUCCCGCGUAUUUUCGUAUCGCGGAACAAAUAGACGUUUUUCAUUGGCCCAGUUCUCGUUAAACAAUACCUCGUAAGCGUUUCAAAUUGGACGGUUGAAAUUGAUGUUUCGUCUUGGCACACCGCCAAAACGUCCUAUUGUAAUGCGAGAGUGUUACUAAACAUAGACAUCGUGUCGUAUGUAUUUCAAAGAAGGGGAAGUUUAUCAUGGUGCCACGGGCUAGUAAAUAAGGGAGAGAUUUCUUUGAUCGAUCGUCGUCGGGAUGUUGGUUCGGUGAGUUGGAGGUGUAAAUUGCGUCGGUUCGUGCCAUCGCGAAGAGUGUUGUUCGUUGUUAUAAUAUAACUCGCUUUCUCUAUUUCUCUUUCUCUCUCUUAUCGUAAAGUCAUCAUCAGUCAUUGUACGAGUGUAAUCGAGCGUGUUCAUAAUUUACUUUGAUAUCUCUUUUUCUCUCUUUGGAAGUCAUUCAUGUGAAAGUGUUUCGAGGUUAGAUAUCGCGCUUCCCUUUUUUUCUUCUUCUCUUCUAAGAAACAGAGGAAACGAUAAGGAAUGAAUCAUUCGGAUUCCAUGGAAGUGUCGUAAAAUAAGGAGUUAUCCAAAAUUUGAUGAUAGCUGCGAACACAAAUCGGGUGAAAAGAGUUAGGAAGGAAGGGUCCUGUGGGCGGAGCAGUCGGCCGAGAAAGGAUCUCUCUCGUUCUGCUUAUUCGACCACGCUUCACGAUUUCUCUCUCGACGAUCCUGACCAGCGCAUAGGGAUAAGGAACGAGCUUUCAAAGGGGCUGAAAUUGAACACGUGCAAGGGUGUUCACUGCGGACGUCAAAGCGCAAUGUUCACUGCUAAUCGUUCUUAGAUACGAUAGAUCGAUCGAGAUGGAUGUGAUCGCGUACAAUCAUCACGAGAUCUCGAGUAUAGUGAACGACAUAGACGGGGGCGACCUCGAGGAGAGUCAGUACGAGGAAGAGAGCGAGGAAAUCGUGCCUUAUUUAGAUAUCGAUCGGAAUCUGCUCACUCUCGAGGAGAUCAAUGCCGACAACGAGAAAAAGUACAAGUUUCCAUUCAGGAGAAGUCUUUUCGACAACGUAGCCCCUUACAUAGCGUUCCAAUCGUUCGACUCAAAGGGCCUCCCGUUGCCCUACGAAAUGAGCAAACACCUAAAAUGGCGAUUGAGUACGAUCACGCCUAUUAUCGUACGUCGUACGCUCGUAAAUUCUGGUUUUCGGUUGAUGAAAAAGUCCCAAGAAUGGUCGGGCACUUGGGGCAAACACAUGAAGUCGGCGUGUUAUAAAAACUUGAAAGAGUUUCAAAAGGUCAAUCAUUUUCCCGGUACGUUUCAAGUUGGUCGGAAGGAUCGUUUGUGGCGUAACGUCAGUAGGAUGAUGGCGAAGUACGGGAAACGAGAGUUCGGUUUCGUUCCUAGAACUUACGUGUUACCUCAGGACUUACGUUGCUUCCAUCAGAUCUGGGAGAAAUCUGGUAGCAAGGAAAAAUGGAUAAUCAAGCCUCCGGCUUCGGCAAGAGGAAGAGGUAUUCGCGUCGUUCAUCGUUGGUCCCAAAUACCAAAGAAACGUCCCGUGGUCGUCCAGCAAUAUUUGUCGAAGCCGAAAUUGAUCGGCGGUGCCAAAUUCGAUUUGCGUCUUUACGUUCUCGUGACGAGUUUCAAUCCCCUAAAGAUUUACCUUUAUCCGGACGGCUUGGUCCGUUUCGCGUCCGUAAAAUACGUCGACGACAUAAACUAUCUCAGCGAUCGUUUCAUGCACUUAACGAAUUACAGUAUAAACAAGAGCAGCGCGACCUACACGAGCAACAAUUGCGCUGACUCGUGUUUCGGGCACAAGUGGACCUUGAGGACGCUUUGGUCUUACCUCGAGAGAGAACACGUGAACGUCUCGAAAUUGUGGUCGAGCAUGAAGGAUAUCGUAGUAAAGACGAUGAUAGCCGGCGAAUCGUCGAUCAAUACUCUCAGCAGACCGAACAUGCAGUCGAGGUACUGUUGUUACGAACUUUUCGGUUUCGAUAUAUUAUUAGACGAACAUUUGAAACCGUGGUUGCUCGAGGUGAACAUAUCUCCGUCCUUGCAAUCGUCAUCGACCCUCGACGACGCGGUCAAGGGUCCCUUGAUAAAGAACGUCUUCAAUAUCGCCGGUUUUCAAUUGCCCUCUACCAUGCCGACCGAGGACGUGGAGAAAAUAUCUCAGAAAUAUCAGGUGGACACGGUGUGCUUGGAUCUACGGCUCCACAGGACGACCUUGAGCUAUCAGGAGAGGCACAAACAAUCUUUGUACGCUAAUCUGCGCGAUCGCGAGGAUUACAUAGACGAGAUCAUCGAGGACCUUACACCGGACGACGUUCGUCAUCUGAUCGCUUACGAGGACGAAUUGACCCAAUUGGAUAGAUUCGAAAAAAUCUUCCCUACGAGCACCAGUCACGAGUACAUGCAAUUCUUCGACGUUCCUAGAUACUACAACAUGCUUCUCGACGCUUGGGAAUUCGCUUACGGAGAUAAUCGAGAAAAGGGGAUCUCGAGAUUGCAAAAACUCUGUCAAGCCAAGUAUCAUCUCGAGCAACAAGUGGUUUAUUAGUUAAUAUAUUUUUUUCAGAACCGUUCUAUUAUCGCGUGUACAAAAUCGAUAGUAAGUGCAAGUUUUUCUUUUUUUUUUUUGUUUUUUUUUCUUCUUUUUCCCGUCUUUUCUUCUCUCUCUUUCCUUUUUUUUUUUUUAUAUAUAUAUAUAAUAAUAAUCACCGUAAAACGUCCCCGUAAAACGAACGUAUGCGUAAUCGUUCUAUCCCCGAUUUCGCAGCUGGCAGCGAAAAUGAUAAUGUGCCUUUUAACUCGAUUACGCUGAUCAUCGAUUAUCUAUCUUGUAUGAAAUUUUUCUGUCUAAUAAAAUGUUUUAUUUA